GGAGUUUGGUUGCGCGGUUUAUUUUUAUUUGAUCUACUCAUGGACUCCAAGCGCCCUAAAUUAUGUUCUCCGGAAACUGAUAAUGCUGACAAUGAAGUGGAUAUCCUUCAACCUAGAGAAGUUGGAAUCACUACGUUCGUACAACCUUUAGUUCAAGGUUUUGAGGCAACGUUGAAAAAUAGAUGGGAAGACUUCAUUGUCCGUGAAUUUAGAGGUCAAAAUUAUGCAAAGCUUACUGAUUUAGCACCAAUUCCGGAUCCUACACCUGAAGCUUAUGAUUUUAAUAUGGAAAAGAAACUUGAAGUUCAUUUGUCUGGACUUCAAAAUUUGAGCCGUGGUGAUAGUGAAUUAUUAAAAAUUAAAGCCCCAGAUAAUAAAGCAGACAGAACACAGAUCCACCAAGCAAUACGUGCAUUGUUCCCAUCACUUGAAAGCACGACAUCAAAAGACGGCAAUGAAAAUAUGAUUGUUGUACAUCGAAAAGACCAUCCUGAAGCCAAAGGUUCACGACAGUCUAAAAGAAGAGCCAAUGGUAUGUCUAAAAGUGCACCAUACUGCCAUUUUGUACUUUACAAGGAGGGUAAAGACACACUUAGUGCUAUUCAAGUUCUCAGUCGUUUCCUACAUGUUGGACCCAGUAUAUUUUCAUUUGCUGGUACGAAAGAUCGUCGAGCAAUUACCACACAAUUUGUUACAGCGAAAGGUAUAAAUUCGAAAACACUAUCAUUGCUGAAUGCACGGCUUCAUGGCUUACGUUUAGGCAAUUUUUCAUACGUUUCUUCUCCUCUGUUUCUCGGAGAUUUAGAUGGAAAUCAGUUUGUAGUUGUGCUAAGAUCAGUGUGUGCACCAAGAUCCGUCGUUGAAACUGCAGUCGGGACUUGGAAAAACACUGGUUUUGUGAACUAUUACGGUCUUCAAAGAUUUGGGCAUUCUUCCAAAUCCAAAAGUUUCGAAAUUGGAAAAUAUCUUAUUCGUUCGAAGUGGGCGGACGCUAUUGACCUUAUCUUGAAACCAACUUAUGCAGAUUUACCUUUUCUUAGAAAAGUUAAAGAAAAAUUCUUACAAUCCGGUGAUGCAAAGGGUUGUGCUGACGAUUGUCCAUUGGGUAUAGAAAAAACUUUACUGUUAGGUAUUGCGAAGUAUGGCAAAACUUUGAAUGCCAUCCAAAUGCUUCCUCGAAACCUUCGCCAACUCUAUGUACAUAGUUAUCAAUCUUUCUUAUGGAACCAUGUGGCAAGUCUACGUAUGACUCAUCAGAAUCCUGGUGACUUUUUCGCUAAGCCUGGUGAUCUUUAUUAUAAUGAUCAGAAUGUAAUAACUACAGAUAAUUAUGAAGAUGAUAUUAACUUCGACGAAUCUGUGUUAGAGACAGACAACUCUUCAAUAUCAUCGGCGAAUUCCCUCCCAUCAUCUAAAUUAUCAUUCAUACAUCCACUGGUAGUUGGAGAAAAUGAAAAAAUCCCUUUAAAUUCGGUUGUACUUCCUGUUCCUGGUUACGCUGUACAAUAUCCUAAAAAUCAUAGCGCUGAUUGGUAUACCGAAUUACUAAAAGAAGAUUGUUUGACAGUCAAAGAUUUCAGUCAUUCAGUUAAAGAUUUUGCACUCCCUGGUUCUUAUCGGAAAUUAAUUGUUGUCCCGGAAAAAGUUAAAUACGAAUUUCAUGAAUAUUCAAACCCUGAUAUACCUCUAGUGAAGUCUGAUCUUCAGUUACUAAAUGGUACAAUUACUAGUAGUAUUUUAACUCCUGCUUCACAAAAUGAGACACAAAAUAAUGAUAUCUGCUUAGAUAAAGAUGGAAAACAGCAGGCUAUCGUCUUAACGUUUAAUUUACCGAAAUCCAGUUACGCUACCAUGGCAAUACGCGAAUUAACGAAAACUGUUAUAGAGAAGAAAUAGCAUUUUAUGAAUAUUCCUUUCUGAAACUUGAUUACCUAAACCGCAUCCCGUUAAAUUUUGUGUACUUUCCCUUAUUGUUAACAGUUCUCAAUUGCUAUGAUCUAUGUAUAUUCUACUUGGGACAAUUAUCCAAACAGAAUUUACCACUUUGAGUAGCCCAAAAAAUAGUUCCUACAAGAGUCAGUUAAAAACAAGGAAAAUUAAUCAGACAUAAGUUAUUAUUCUAUUGAAGAAGAGUAGGAAUUUUUAAUGACAUAUUGUUUUUUAUGUCUUAUUAAGAAUUACGUAGUCCUUCGCCUACUGGCCUAAAAUCCAAGACGUGAAAGUAAUGAUGAAAGCUCGAAAGUUGAGUGUCGUGUCGGCGAAACUCUCCAUCUACUAAAUGCGUGAUAUACGAAUAACUCUCCUGUUUGUACACUAGCUUUGUACUAAUUAUGAAACUUUAUGAUAAUAGGUCAGCAACAACAUGUGGGAGAGAACAGAACUUCCAACUGAAUUGGAAAUUAGGAAAAGACGCUGGAGGUGGGUAGGACAUACAUAAACUGCAUCACGAUACAAGUGCUUACAUAGAAUGCUGAAGAAAAACGGAAAAUAAAAAGGCCGAAGAGCACUACGUCGGGAAUUGGAAACAGACAACAAAAGGAUGAAUGGCCCAGGACAGAGUUUGAUGGAGAAUACGAAGGGUAACAAGCCUAAGUUAUGAAAAUCGGUAGUAAAUUUCUGAGGGGAAUUUGUGCAGCAUAUUUCAACUGUUGUGUGAUACUUGGUUGAAUCAACCUUUAUUGUUAUGUAGGUACUGCGCUAAUGGUUAAACGAUGCAGCUCAGAAAGCACAGGUCACCAAAAGCUAGUUUCAGCAUCACCUUACAAUUAUCAUCAAGAAUUUUGUAGAACCAUCAAAUUUAUUUUACCUUGCGUCAAAUUGUUUUUGACUAAUUAGUGCGUCCCAAUUAAUUUGCACCUUACAACCCACGGUGUAUGAAAUUUUAAAUACUUUUGGCUCACAUUUGGCCUAUUCGUCGAUUUGUUAUAGCAAGGACAACCAUAUGUACAAGCGCUUAUAAAAGAAUAAAUAUUUUAU